GAUAAACAUCAUGAUGCUGCUCAUGAAAUCAUCGAGACCAUACGGUGGGUGUGUGAGGAGAUCCCAGACCUCAAACUGGCAAUGGAAAAUUAUGUUCUCAUUGACUACGACACAAAAUGCUUCGAGAGUAUGCAGAGACUGUGUGACAAGUAUAACAGGGCCAUCGACAGCAUUCAUCAGCUAUGGAAGGGGACCACCCAGCCCAUGAAGCUGAACAAGCGUCCAUCCAACGGACUGCUAAGACACAUCUUACAGCAGGUGUACAACCACUCAGUGACCGACCCGGAGAAGCUGAACAACUAUGAGCCUUUCUCCCCUGAGGUGUAUGGAGAGACAUCUUUUGACCUGGUGGCCCAGAUCAUUGACGAGAUGGAAAUGAUGGAAGACGACACCUUUGUUGACCUCGGCAGUGGAGUGGGACAGGUAGUGCUGCAGGUUGCAGCAGCAACUAACUGUAAACACUACUAUGGUGUGGAGAAAGCAGACAUUCCAGCCACCUAUGCAGAGAGCAUGGAUAAAGAAUUUAAGAGGUGGAUGAAAUGGUAUGGGAAGAAACAUGGGGAAUACACACUGGAGAGAGGGGAUUUUCUCUCUGAGGAAUGGAAAGAAAGAAUUGCCAACACAAGUAUUAUUUUUGUGAAUAACUUUGCCUUUGGUCCAGAGGUAGAUCACCAGCUGAAGGAGCGCUUUGCAAACAUGAAGGAAGGUGGAAAAAUAGUUUCCUCCAAACCUUUUGCACCUUUAAAUUUUAGAAUAAACAGUCGAAACUUGAGUGACAUUGGCACAAUAAUGCGUGUGGUGGAACUUUCUCCACUGAGGGGCUCCGUGUCCUGGACUGGAAAACCAGUUUCCUACUACUUGCAUACCAUAGACCGCACCAUACUUGAAAACUAUUUCGCUAGUCUCAAAAAUCCUAAACUCAGGGAGGAGCAAGAGGUAGCUCGGCGACGUCAGCAGAAAGACACGAAGGAAAGUAAAAGCAAUAGUACCACGCCCACAAAACUGAAAGAACAAAACAAGCAGCAGGACUCCUGUGGCGAGGAAGAGUGUCCUAGCCUGGUGACAGUGGUCAAGCCCUCCGCAAAACCCAGGAGAGCCCGACUCUUGUCCAAAGGUCGAAAGUUGAACAACAAGAAGCGCGGCCGACCCAAGAAAGCUGCCCCGGCUGCUGAGAAGAAAAACAAGAAGAAUCAGAGCGCGCUGGAUUUGCUGCACGCCAAGACCCUUUCUGCGGCACCCCCUCAGGAUGCAUACCGGCCACCUCAGAGUCCCUUCUACCAGCUACCUCCCAAGGUCCAGCACUAUCCCUCUAGUCAACUGCUGCUGAGCCAGACUCCACCUGGUCUGCAACAACUGCUAGAUAACAUCAAAGUUCAGUACAUCCAGUUUAUGACCUACAUGAAGACUCCUCAGUACCGCUCCAACCUGCAGCAGCUUUUAGAACAAGAGAAGCAAAAACACAGGGACCUGUCGGGACAGGCGGAGCAACUCCACUCUGUCUGUCACUCUCACAAGGACAAAAUCAAAGGUCUCUUUCAGACUAAACUAGAUGAG